GACCUUCAAAGCUCUGAAGCAGCGGUGGUGUUGCAGAAAUUCAAUGGCUGGGAUUGCUACCAGCUGCUCCAUCUCUCCUUUCAAACAACCAAUUUCUCUCUCUCAUUUUCAAUCAAAACUCUUCCAUCUCCGCCUUGACUUCCCUAAUUCCUCCAUCUCACGCGGUUGCAGCAUCACCUGCCGGUACGGUGGCGGCGGCGGAGGUUAUUCUCGACAAGGAGAUAGUAGGCGGCCUAAGAAGAACAGUUCUGAUGACGACCCAGCCCUUGAUAUCUCCAGUAUUAGGUCAAGUACUGUGAGGCUUAUUGAUGAGGAACAAAAUAUGGUUGGUGUAGUAUCUAAAACUGCUGCUAUUCAGAUGGCUGAAGAUGCUGAACUUGACCUGGUUAUAUUGUCUCCAGAGGCAGAUCCUCCUGUUGUCAAGUUGAUGGAUUACAACAAAUAUAAGUAUGAGCAACAAAAGAAGAAAAGAGAUCAGCAGAAGAAAAGUUCUGCUCAUCGUGUGGAUCAAAAGGAGCUCAAAAUGGGCUACAACAUCGAUGUGCAUGAUUAUACCGUCCGCUUGAAAGCUGCUAAGAAGUUUCUUAAAGAUGGUGACAAGGUUAAACUGAUAGUAAGCUUGAAGGGCCGUGAAAACGAGUUCAAAAACAAUGCUAUCGAGCUCAUUCGACGUUUCCGUGAUGAUGUAGGAGAGCUAGCCGUAGAGGAGAGCAAGAACUUCAGGGACCGGAACAUGACCUUGGUGUUGGUUCCAAACAAAGCCAUUCUACAAAAAGAAGCACCAAAGAAGAAAGAAAAGUCAACUGAGACCGAAGUAUCUGCUAGUGUAUGAGCAUGAGCAUGACCGUACAAUUCGUGUUCAUAAUUCUGAGGAAGGACACUUGUUUAGCCAGCCAUAAUAGUGAAUUACGAUGCGUUUCAUGCGAAUGUGAAAAUGUGUCUAGCCUGUAAUCUUACGUAGGACUUGUAUCGAUUUUCUGAAGAUAUUGUUAUCAAGACUUUUAAGAAGUCAACCGAGUAGGUUUCCGUCACCGUAGUUGAAGAUCAGGUACGAUCUUGUUCUAUUUGUUCUGAUACCUUUUUGUUAGCUACUCUUUCCAUCCCAUGAAAAUUGUAAUACCGUAUUGUAUUGGCAAAUCUUCAGUAUAAAUUAUCUAUUUGCCUAUGGUUACUCUUA